AUGUCCGGUCUUCUUUCACGCCAUCUGGUGCUGAUCGCCCUCGCCCUCGCCUCGGGGCAUGACCACACGUUCGAGGUGCGGCUCCACGAGGAGAGCGGCGCAUUGCAGCUGCUGCAGCAGAAAUUGGCCUUCGGGGAGCCGACGCUCCUUGAAGCGGCCGAGCCGAUUUACUGGCUCCACUGCGCGAAAUGCGGCAGUUCCUUCAUCAAUGCGCUGAUACACCUCCCCGGAGUGUGCCCACUUGCCAGCAGCCUUGUCGUCGAUGAGCAGUCGCUGGGCGACUGUUACAUGGAGAAAUGGAAAUUCGAAUGUCCGGAAGCCUGCCUCGCGAAGAAGUUCUUCUGCCCACAUUUCAGCGAUGCCUUUCCACACCAGCCGAUUGACAACUACACGGCUCGCAAAGGUGCAUUGGUGGGGAUGUUCCGAAAUCCCGAGCAGCGCAUUCUGUCCGCCUACCACGACGACGCCGACAACUUUGCGACGGUGAACUAUGAAGACCAUCUGCAGGACCUCCUUGCCAUGCACGUCAGUGGAUCGCUUAACAUGUCGGUGUGCCAUCAGCCCGUGCCCGGGUUGUCGAAGGUACCUGUCUUGGAGUUUGCCGAAAGUUGGAAGGGAGGCAUGACGUAUCAGCUGGUGGUCGAGCACAACAACCUGCACCCGACAACGCAGACGCUCGACCCUGACCGGCCCAAGAUGACGCGUGCGGAUGCGGAGGAAGCGGCUCGGAGGGUCCGGGAAGGCUUCUCUUUUGUGGGCAUCACGGAGGACUGGGACUUGUCAAUAUGCCUGCUCCACAAGAUGUUUGGGGGAGCUUGCCAGGCAUCGGAUUUCGAAGAUACGAGGCCGAGCUCGGAAACAAAGUCUGCGCAUGCGGACUAUGAUAUAGAUGAGCUCAUGGGCUGGCAUGAUGACGUCGAUAGGGUGGUCUACGAUGCCGCGGUGGAAGUGUUCCAAGGGAACUUGAUCGCCUACGGCGUCUCUCAUGAUUCCUGCCGCGAGUGCUAUAGCCAUGCAGAGAGAGGCCGCGUGCAGACAGCGUGA